UUUAGAAUGUACCAUGUACAGUAUUUUGGCGAUGGCUAUGAAACAGGUUGGGUGUACAGUUGCUCCACACUGAAGUUUGAAGGAAAUAAGGCCUUUAAGCAACAUACAAAGGACAUGCUGAGGUUUGCAAAAAAGUUUGAAAAAUCUUCACUUGAAACACUGUAUAAGAUCCCUUCACAUUGGACAACAGCUUUGAAUAUUGCUAUUCAGGAAGGGGAGAUGUCGCUUCAGUUAUGCCCAAGUGCUCGAUUACUUAAGUAUGGCUUAACCAAUGAACAUAAGCAAGACUUCAGUGAGAAUUUAAAAAUUGAAAUUGACAAUGAAUCACUGUGUGUCAAGGAUAGACAGAGUAUAGAGAAAAGAAAAAAAAGUGAUGACAACAACUGGCAUAGUCAUGAUAGUGGAACAAAAUAUAAAAAGAGUAAAAUUACAAAGGGUCAAAUUCCAGAACCAUUACAGGAACAGACCAUUCAGGAAGUUAAAGAAAAGAAUUCAGAGGACUUUAUUUCUUUUAACUUAGCAGAUAAAUUGUCAUCUGAUGCAGACAAGGAUGAACAGAACAAAAGUUCUAUCGUACAACAAGAUGUACAUAGCAAUUCUAUUUUCCAAGAAGAGGAAUAUAAACCUGAAUGUGCUGUUUAUGCAUCUUUUAUUUGUGAACAAAUUUCUCCAAAAUUAACAUAUGGAGAAACUGAAGGAAGUCUGUUUAAAGAUAGAGACACUACUAGUCAUUCUUGUACUGAAUCUGAAAACCAUACAGACUUGUCAACAGAGAAUCAACUGGAUUCAGAAAAUAACAAUUGUAGUGAUUUUAAAUUUAAAUAUCAAAACAAUGAUACUGUAUGUUCUUGGCAUUCUGUAGACUUUCCAAAUAUAAAUUAUGGUUCCAAUUAUGAAUCAGAAAAUAAAAACUACAUAGCUACAUAUAGAAGUAACUAUUCUGGUUACCCCUCGAGGGAAUCUCAUUCUGAAUUAGAUAGUCUAAACAAAACAGCAGUUCAUUCUGAGGAUUAUUUAGACCUGGGAAAUAACAAUACUGAAUUAAAAAAUCAAAUCAUUACAAAGGCUUCUUCUGAGGAGAACCUUGACUUUAGAAAUGAAAAUAAUGAGUCAGAAAAUAAAAACAGUACAGAAGUACUUAAUAAGGAUUAUUUAGAAUUUAGAAAAAGUAGUAAAAGUACUGAAUUAAUGAAUAAAAACAGAACAGAUAUAUCUUCUGAGGAGUAUCUAGACUCGAAAAACAACUAUAACAAAUAUAAAAGUCAAAAUGAAACAGAUGUAUCUUCUGAGGAGUUAUAUCUAGACUUAAAAAACAACAAUAACAAAUCUAAAAGUCAAAAUGAAACAGAUGUAUUUUCUGAGAAGUAUCUAGACCUAAAAAACAACGAUAACAAAACUAAAAGUCAUAAAGAAACAGAUGUAUCUAGAUUGGGUUCUGCAUUUGAAAAUUGUAGCUGCAUUAUUUGUGGAAAAAUAUUCAAGAAGUCUUGUAAUUUGAGAAUUCAUAUGAGGAAGCACACUGGAGAAAAACCUUACAUUUGUGGAAUCUGUGAGAAGUGUUUCUCCCAGUCUUCUUCACUUAAUACACACAAAAAGUUAAAGCAUUCAACAGACAAAUCUUACGUCUGUGAUGUGUGUGGUAAAACAUUUGCCAUCAAAAGUUAUUUGGAUCUUCACUUUAGAACUCAUACCAAAGAAAAGCCAUAUUCUUGUGAAAUAUGUUUUAAAUCUUUUUCACAAAGAUCCUCAUUAACAACACAUAAUAAAACACAUAAAAACUGAAGUUCAUACAAAAAACUACACAUGUAAUAAAUGUAUGAGGAAAGCAAUGAUUGUUCUGAUAUUCACAUGCAUAUAUUUACUGUAAAUCAUUGAAAAUGUCAUGCAUCUUAUUUUACCAGAACUAGAAUUUGAUCUGUGUCCACAAUGUUUGAAUCUAACAUUUUACCAUUUUUGCUUACAUGUUGUUUGUUUUUUUUUCAAU